GAUCGCAUUCUUCUUGUUCAGUCCGAUAUUUCCUCUAUUCUUCAUCAGCCAUGGGAGGCCAGGUUCCAGAUGGCACUAUCUACGACCUUAGAAGAGUCUGAAAGCCAGCCUCAACAGGUCUUGGCUAAAAAUCCAGUAUCUAACGAGGUUAGAGAUAAAAGUAAAGUCAGUGACAGUACUGAGGAGACCAAUUUGGACUUUCUGGUUUCUCCAUCUCCUCUCGUGUCCUGGCGGGCUAACUGUACCAUUGAGAGAGGUAGACAAAUGUUUAUGCUCACACCACUUCCUAUAUCAAAAGCAUUAUCAUGCAAACGUUAGGAGCCAUCUAAAUCAGAGUUCAAUAGGUUAUCUUCCUCUACUUAUGCUUUUGGGACAUCAGAUAUUUUUGCCUUAUCUGGAGAUAUACCUGAUUGCUCGUUUGAUGCUGCUGUGGCGAAGCCAACUCCACUCAAACCUUCUGCUCCUGUUGCUAUUCAAGGGGCGAAUGCUCAAGAAAAUGGAUUUAUUUUUUCCCCGCUUUUUCCUAUAAGAGAAAGCUCCAUGCUUGUUAUGACACCGUGCUUAAAGAUGUCACCCCCUAAAUCUUGUGUUUUGCUUGAACCCAUAUCUGAAAUCUGUCAUCCAGGCAAAGGCAAUGACAAGGUACGCAAAUCCACUCCGUUUCCUCUUGGGAUUCAUUACAGCGAUUCAGAAACUUCUGAUUCUUCUGGUGGUGAAGCUUCAAAAGGUCUGGCAUUGAAGUAUCUGGAGCUAUUAGGGAUACAACAUAUUUCUAAAUCUGCAGCUGGAAAGAAAACGACAGAAGCAUCCCCAGACUGGUUUAUGUCGCCUCCUAAAACUUGUGUUUUGCUGGAGCCUCCUGAUGAGAAUUCGUUUGGUUUGGAAAAGGCUGAUAAAGGUUUACAGAUGACAGAUGCUGUUAUUACUAAUAAAGAAACCAACAAAUUGAAAGACAAUGUAUUUGAAGACCAUGGUCAAACCAAAAAAUCUUGUAACAAAGUACCUGAUCUUCCACUGUUCAUACCUUCUGACUUUCUGGGUUGACAUGAUUUUGGCUUCUUUAUUUAUUUAUUUGUGUACAACACAUUGGUGGCAACUUAUCCUCUAUGGAGAGCACUCUGUGGCUUGAGCCUGAAAGCUCGUUUCGAACUGGGAAAUGCCCUGG